AUGUCUCAAGCACAUUAUGAAGCUAAUCGUUUGUCAUCUGAACGUCCAUAUACAAUGAGCAGUUCAAGAAAAUGUUUAUUACCUUUCCGAAUGAGACGACCACAAACAGCACCUGAUAUUAAAAUUUCACAUCGAUUUUCUCAUCCGAAUGAAGAUAUUGUUCGACAAAUUACUCAUGAACAUGUUCUUGCGAUUGGUGAUCGUUUAUUAACACAAAUACAACGUAAUAACGAAAAUCGAAUUCAACAAACUUAUCAACAAUUAAUUGAAGCUGAACGAAUACGAAUGGAAAAUGAACAUCGAAAAAAAUCCGAUGAAAUAACACAAAAAUGGCAAGCAGAAUUAGAAGAAGAAAAAGUUAAAUUACAAAAAGAACUUGAUGAAGGUUUUAUUAAUAUGGAACGUACACGUCGAGAAAGAAAUCAAGUGGAAGAACAAGCAUUAAUACGACGAAUGAAAGAUGAAUGUGAUCAAGCAUUAGCAAGACAAUGGAAACAUGCUAAUGAACAACUUUCUCUAGCAGUUAAACAAGGAGAAGAUCGAUUACGUGUAUUGCUCGAAUUGAAAUAUUUAGAAGAAAAAGAACAAUUUGCUCAAGAAUUAAUUGCCAAAAAAGAUGGUGAAUAUGCUGAACAAGAAUUGAAAGCUGUAGAAAAAGUAAAAGUUGAAUUAACAAAAGAACAUAAUCAAGAUAUUAAAAUAAUCAAGGAACGACAUUCACAAGAAAUAGCUGAAUUGAAAAAUAAAUUAAAAUUAACUGAAGAACGUUUUCGUCGAGAAUUUUCAUUACGUUCUCGACUUGAAAGUGAUUUUCGAUUGCUUCAAACUGAUUAUAAACGUUUUAUGGAUAAUAGCAAUGUAUUUCAUUCUGAUUAUAUGCUUAAAUUGUGUCAUAUUGGAGAACAAAUUGGAGAUGCUAAAUUUGAACAAGUACUUGAUCGAAUAUUAGCCGAAUCAAAUAUUCAACAUAUUCCAUCACAAUCAGUUAAAACUCAAAUUCAUAAAUCUAAACAUUCUUUAAAAUUACAUGAUAAAUAA